ACCAACUCCAUCACCUAUCCCUAUUUUAUUCGUUGGAAACGUGUCCAUAUUCCAUGUCUUGUCAACACGUUAACUGUAGACCUUGUUCCUAUAAAUAUAACGCAACCCCUUAGAAUUUAGAUAGAUUCCGCCGAAAGAGUCUUGCUAACUACUUAGACUGAAGGAAAGAGAAGCAUGAGGGUGUUUUCUCGGUUCAAAUUUCUGUCAAGAGCAGUGCACGAGGAACAAGAGGGUGAGCAUGAUGGGGAGAGAAACAGGUACCCUUUAACAGAAGCAAGUUUGUGCACGUCCCUAACGCUAACAGUUUGGAGAAAAUCCCUUGUGAUUAGUUGUAAAGGAUUCACUGUGAUAGAUUCAUAUGGAAACCUUGUGUAUCGGGUGGACAAUUACAUCAUGCACCCUAACGAACUCAUUCUUAUGGACGCUUCAGGAAACUCUCUUCUCACCAUGCGCCGCUCCAGGAAGCUAGGGUUAGUAGAUAGAUGGUUUGUGUAUGAAGGGGAAAUGGGGAAGCAGAGUACGAGGAGUAAGUCGGUUAAGUCAAAAGAGAGACCAGUUUGUUGUGUACGGAAGCGUGUGAAUAUUUUAGACGGCAAAGCCAACAAGGUUCAGGCCUACGUGUACCGCGCUGCCUCGGAUUCAGAUAAACGACAUCCGGCGUUUACAGUUGAAGGUUCCUAUGCACAUAGAACAUGUAAAGUGUUGGAUGAGUACAAGAAUGCCGUCGUUGAAAUCAAGAGAAAGGAGGCCAAUACCAAAGACGUUUCUUUCGGGAUAGAGAUUUUUCAGUUAGUUGUUCACCCUGUGUUUGAUCCUAGUUUUGCCAUGGCACUCGUUUUACUACUGGAUCAAAUGUUUUCAUAAUACUCUUCCAUAGAGUAACACAUUUCUAGUUUCUAUAGUAUACCAUUUUACUCGAAAGGCACUGUAAAUUAGCUGGAGAGAUCUAUAUAAAACUAAGAAAAAAAUAUUGAAACAGUCAA